AUGAAUUUGGAAAUUUAAUAUUAAGAAUUCUAAGAAGAGAAAAUAAACAUACCCACAAUCAAUACUGAAAACGUAAUCAACGGAAAUCACAAAAGAUCUAGCAUCUUUAGAUUGAUCCAAUAUUCACUGUAAUAUAAAUUGCUAUUGGUUUUUGGAAAUUUAGGAUUACUAAUUACUUCAGUUUCAAUGGUAGCAUUACCUUACUUAGCAGGGUAUUUUUUAUAUGGUUAAUUCAAGGAAAAUGAUUGAUUCAAUAACCAAAUCUAAUUCUAAAGAAAAUCUAAACUUCUUAACUUUAUAAUUCAUAGUGUUAACAGUUGUAACUGCUUUUUUUACUUUUUUAAGAACAUAUGCUUUUAGUAUUCUAGGAGAAAAGAUAACAUUUCAUCUGAGGAAUGAAUUAUUUUAAAGUUUAAUGUUAAAAGACAUAGAGUUUUUUGAUUCUAAUAGAUCUGGAGAAUUAAUAUCAAGACUUUCUUCUGAUAUAUCUGUGAUUAAUAAAGGUACCAAUGAUUCUAUUUCAACACUUUUAAAAAAUGCUAUUUAAGUUUUAGGUAGUUUGAUUCUACUCUGUUUUAUUAGUUGGAGAUUAACACUUGUUUUAUUUUGUGUAAUUCCUCCUUCUACGAUUAUGGCAAUCGUUUUUGUUAAAAAAUACAAGCAAUUGAGAAAGGAAUAUUAAUAAUCAAUUGCUUAAGCUACUCAAAUUGCUUCAGAAGUCUUGAGUAAUAUGAGAAUUGUAAGGUCUUUUUCAACAGAGGAAAGAGAGAGUAAUUCAUAUCAAAAGGCCAAUUAAAUUGUUUUUACUUUUGGCAAUAAAAUGGCACUAUUAGGAAGUUAGUUUAUGGCUAUUGGAAUCGUUUUAGCAUAUGCAGUUAUAUUAGCCAUUUUGUAUUAUGGUGGAACCCUAGUAAUUGAUGGGGAAUCUACUUUAGGAGACUUAAGUUCUUUUGUAUUAUAUACAUUAACAAUGACAAGUAUAAUAUUAAUAUUAUAAAUUAGUUUCUCUCUUGGCAUUGAGUGGCACAAUGAAUGAAAUGAUUUCUGCUGCAGCAGUUUCUGAAAAGAUUUUUGAUAUAAUUGAUCAUCCAGUUAAGAUACGUAAUGGUUCUGUUGAUGCUUCAAAUAUAACUGGGUAAAUUAAUAUUUCAGAUGUAACAUUUUGCUAUCCAACUAAAUCAAGCGUGAUGAGUUUAAAAAGGAUUAAUUUGGAGAUUAAUUAAGGGGAAGUUGUUGCAUUUGUUGGAUAGAGUGGUAGUGGAAAGUCCACGAUUGUUUAGUUGUUAUAAAGAUUUUAUGACUCAAUACAAGGAUCAAUCCUAUUUGAUAACAUAGACAUAAAGGAGUAUAAUCUUCAGUAGCUACAUAAACAAAUAGGAUUUGUUGCUCAGGAACCAACCUUGUUUUCUGGAACAUUGAAAGAUAAUAUUACAUAUGGUGUAGAUACUUUCACCUAAGAAGAUAUUGAUAAUGCAAUGAAAUUAGCUAAUGCUUAUGAUUUUGUAACAGAUUUAUCAAUAUUUCCGGAUGGAUUGGAAACUAUAGUAGGAGAAAGAGGAGUCAAAUUAUCAGGAGGUUAAAAAUAGCGAAUUGCAAUUGCAAGGGCUUUAAUAAAGAACCCUAAAAUAUUGAUAUUUGACGAAGCAACCAGUGCUUUGGAUUCUGAAUCUGAAUUUUAAGUUUAAAAGGCUAUUGAUGGUCUUGUUUCAUCAGGUUAAAAGACCAUUAUAAUAAUUGCUCAUAGGUUAUCCACUGUUAUUAAUUCAAAUAAAAUUAUUGUAGUUUAAAAUGGAUAUAUAGUUGAAUAAGGAAAGCAUCAGGAAUUAAUAGAAAAAAAUGGUGUUUAUAAACAGUUAAUUGAAAGGCAAUUAUAAUGA